GCUCUCAGCCAAUAGAAACGAAGUCUUGAGGAAACCCUAAUUUGCAUACGGUCCCUAUAAAGGGCGGGCGCUGAUGCUUGUUUUGCGUUCUCUGCGAGAGCUGUUGUCUAGGUUUGAGGAAAAUGCCUGAGCCGGCGAAGUCAGCCCCUGCGCCCAAGAAAGGCUCUAAAAAGGCGGUGACUAAGACUCAGAAGAAAGGCGAUAAGAAGCGUAAGAAGAGCCGUAAGGAAAGCUACUCUAUCUACGUGUACAAGGUGCUGAAGCAGGUGCAUCCCGACACGGGCAUUUCCUCUAAGGCCAUGGGCAUCAUGAACUCCUUCGUGAACGACAUCUUCGAGCGCAUUGCUGGUGAGGCCUCGCGCUUGGCGCACUACAACAAGCGCUCCACCAUCACUUCUCGGGAGAUCCAGACGGCUGUGCGCCUCCUGCUGCCGGGUGAGCUCGCCAAGCAUGCCGUUUCCGAGGGUACCAAGGCCGUUACCAAGUACACCAGCUCCAAGUAGAGUGCCUCAGUCCGCCUAUUUUAACCCAAAGGCUCUUUUAAGAGCCACCUACAUUUUCAAUAAAUGAGCUGACUGAUUUUGUGCUGGUCCAAGCUGCUUGCUGGUAAGAGACGAGUAAUGGUGUGGAAACAACGUGGCUGUAGGGGAUUGGGGUAUAUUUAAUGCAUCCACAGUGUGUUCUAUGCCUGCGUCGGUGGAAGGCAGAACUUGUUAGGGAUCUACACCCCGGGGCCCUCUUCAUUUGUGCAUGUGGCUUGGGGGUUGCGUGUUAAGGGGAAAAUAUUGUAACAUUUCCUUUAAAAACCUGAAAUAAAGGUGUGUUCCUCUGCUC